CGUUUUCGGAAAGCGGCAGUGAGCGUGCGCGUUCGUGGACGUGGCAGUGACGUUACGCACACCGGAAGCGGUCAGGACUGGAAGUGAAACCCCGACAUUCGUAACAUCGACAAGCCGGGAAUACUGGAAAAAACGACGAAAUGGCACAAUAACCAUGAUGUGCGGAGUCGCUGAAGAACAGUCAACUCUGCCAAGCUCUUAGUAACAUCUGAAGUCUGAAGUGUUUGCUUUGGCCCCAUAAAGACUCCAGUGGAGAGUUUCAGAGCAGCCGGAUCACUUUAGAUCACUGUCACACAUACAUCCUGAUAUCGUUGAGGGGAAAAGCUUCUGCAGCAUUAUCAUGACGUGUCGGGAUCGCACACUUGAGUUCCAGUCGGCUUGUAAGUCACUGCAGGGGAGACAGUUACAGAAUGGGACUCACACUAAACCUGCUAUUAAUGCCCUUAAACAGCGCAGUGACUUCACUCUCAUGGCCAAGAGAAUUGGGAAAGACUUGAGCAACACAUUUGCCAAGCUUGAAAAGCUUACAAUUUUGGCCAAAAGGAAGUCCUUGUUCGAUGAUAAAGGAGUGGAGAUUGAGGAGCUAACGUACAUCAUUAAACAGGACAUCAACAGUCUGAAUAAGCAGAUAGCACAGCUGCAAGACCUCGUGCGAUCCCGCAGUGGGCAAAAUGGCCGCCACAUCCAGACACAUUCCAACACAAUUGUCGUCUCUCUGCAGUCCAAGCUGGCAUCAAUGUCAAAUGAUUUCAAGUCAGUCCUGGAAGUGAGAACAGAGAAUCUGAAGCAGCAGCGAAGCAGAAGAGAGCAUUUCUCCCAGGCUCCUGUCUCAUCCUCUCCUCUGCUCGCCAAUAACUUCAACAGCUCAGUUCUGAUGCAGGAUGAGUCCAGGAGUUUGGGAGGAGAGGUGGCCAUCGACAUGGACUCUAGAGCAAACCCUCUUCAGCUGCAGCUCAUCGACGAACAGGACUCGUAUAUCCAGAGCCGAGCGGACACCAUGCAGAACAUCGAGAGCACCAUCGUGGAGUUGGGCUCCAUCUUUCAGCAGCUGGCGCACAUGGUCAAAGAGCAGGAGGAGACAAUUCAGAGGAUUGACGCCAAUGUGGAGGACACCACGCUGAAUGUGGAAAUGGCCCACUCCGAGAUACUGAAGUACUUCCAGUCCGUCUCCUCCAAUCGCUGGCUCAUGAUCAAGAUAUUCCUCGUUCUCAUCAUCUUCUUCAUCAUCUUUGUGGUCUUCUUUGCCUGAGAAGGAACAACUUUGAGUGCAAGAAGGGGUGGAAACGGAGCCAAAGGGUUUGAAGAAGGGAGAAACAGAUGAUGGACUUGUGGGCAAAUGUGCAAAAACACAAACACAAAUGGACUGGGCUGCAGGGGCUUUUUGGGGGGGGUUCUGAUGCUCAUUGAGUCAGUUGUAAAUUCUGUCACUGUCUCUAGAGGGAGGAGGAUGAUGACGGUGAUGCUGAUGAAGGUGGAACUGAGAUUUACUGUUUAUUUAGACAGAGAGGAGGGUGUUCUGAUUCACUCUGUUCUCUUUACGCUUCAUCUACAUCUGCAUUAAUAUUUGAGCCUUCGUUUCUUAUUAAUAAUCAUAUAUUAAAAGAGAAGGCUUUUUCCCAAGUGGUUUGAUUCUUCAAACUGGUUUAGUUUGUUUUUCUCAGGCAGUGUUAUCCGUAAUCAGUGAUAACAUUUUGACGGUAAAUUAAAUGUGACCUGAUUCCCUUCAUAAAAUAUUCCUCAUAAUAAUAAUAAUAAUAAUGCCCCUGUUAAUCUCUAUUAAUCUGUUUUUAAUAUCAAAGUCAGGCAAUUAUUUGCCACUUAUGGGUCUAUCUCACAAAGAAAUAUCAGGGUCCUAUUUUACCCCAAAAAUUGAAAGGAUUUUUGUUUUAAAUUAAUAAUAUAAUUAAUUUAUAAUUAAUUGUAUUAUUUAUAAUUUUAUUUUUAAUACAGAAAGUGAGUCUUUUUUAGGACUAUUAUGGCACUUUUUAAAUGAAAUUUAAGUAAAGAUUCCCUCCAAAUUAAAUAUUUAAUAUAGUAUAAUUAAAAUGAUUGUAUAUGGCAUGAUUUAUUUAUUAUUAAUUACAGCAUAAAUUAAAUACAACAAAUGCUACCAUGAUAUAUAUACUACAAACAUACUUUUAUAAAUGUGCAAAUACACACGUGUACAUUUAUAAAUCAUGUAUAUAUUUUUUUCAAACAUUUGGAGAAAUUAGUUGCUUGGAUGUCAUAAAAAUAGUACCACGAUGCAAAAAAAAAAACAAUUAAUGGUCCUAAAACUAUACUUAAUUUUCUUGUUUGGGUGGAGAAAUAUGAGUCUGGCAUUUCCUGACAGUUUUCAUGAGAUUUUCCCUUCUAGUGUUAAGGCCUUCUGAUUGCUGGCCCUAUAAAUAUGGGGUCUGUAAUAUGAUAUACUGUUUAGAGACUGUUCAGUUUCUUUUUUUUUCUUUCUUUUUUAAAUUGAGUUUGAUUCUGCCAAAUACACGAGGAGGAGUUAGAGGAGGUUGCCUGGUCUUAUGAUUUUGCUCCAUGCAGGAAAAAAAACAAGGUGCAAAUGAAGACCAGCGUUUUUGUAUAGUACCUAUAGACUUACUAGAUCAUACUUUAAAGGGCCCAAAGAGACUCCGGAUGGUUCUAAAGCUAUAAACUGCUCAUUCAUCACAUUAGGAUGCGUUUUGUUCCAGGUCACUGCAUAGAAAGUUGCAUGUGUUGGUUGUUCUGGAGCUGACCGUCUGGUAAUGAAACGAUCGGUACUCUGAUAAAUGAGCGGUGGGUGCGUUUCCUUUAUUUUUGAGGAGCAACUUUGGCCUGAUGAACAAAGAACUGAAGAUCAGCUCCUUCAUGCUGUGAAUAAUGAAACAGGAGAAGAAGAUGGUGUCUUCACUUAGAAGCAGCGUUUUCAAGGUCAAACUCUCUCAUUUGCUAAAUCACAGACUUUCUCUCUCCCACACACGCCACACACUCUCAAAUCAAACUCAUGAACGAUGUACAGUGUAUAAUUUAAUAAGCACUUUUUAUGACGACUCCUGUUUCCAGGCUUUUUUUAGCUGAAUGUUCUGCAUCUCUUGUAUGAACUGAACACUGUUGUAAUGUAAGAGCAAACAGUACAUAUUAAAACACAUCUGAGAAGCUGA